CUUUGCUCCGUCUUAUCUUAUCACUUGAUAAGGUUCUGCGUGUGUGUUCUGGUGAAGCCCUGCCCUGGCCUCAUCAUAAAGGCUUUACACGUAGUGAGCUGUGUUCAAAGUCUCCUUCCUCAUUCGAUCUGUCUUCACUGAGGAGCCCAGCAGCUCAGUCUUUACUCAGAACCUUUAGAACCGUGUUCACGUUCUGGCUCCGUUCUGAACACUUACUUUGUGUUUUGUGAACAACUGAAUCUCUUCCUUCAACGGAUCUUACUUUCCUUCCUUUUGUGCUUUUAUAUUUUCCUAUGACAUGGGGCAGCACACGUUUUCAUCACGGAGAAGCUAAGGUCUCCAGUCUACUAUGGAUGAGGAGAGAGAGGAGGGGGGUCCUACCUCUAAGACCACUCUGUCUGGGGAACAUGGCCGCCAGAGCAAAGCUACGAGGCCAGAUCAGCAGCAGAGAGCAGACUCCCCUGGACCCAGCUGUGUCUCCAUGAAGAGUGACUGGUUUAUGGAAAGAAUUAACAGUUUUGAACCAAAAAGAGUCCAGCAGCAGAGAGCAGACUCCCCUGGACCCAGCUGUGUCUCCAUGAAGAGUGACCGCUCUAUGGGUGUACCUGUUAGGUUUAAAGACGGAAAUCAACCUAUUGAGAAGAGCCCAGAGCAGCAGGAGAGAGCAGACUCCCCUGGACCCAGCUGUGUCUCCAUGAAGAGUGACCGCUCUAUGGGUGUACCUGUUGGGUUUAAAGACGGAAAUCAACCUAUUGAGAAGAGAAGAGUCCAGCAGCAGAGAGCAGACUCCCCUGGACCCAGCUGUGUCUCCAUGAAGAGUGACCGCUCUAUGGGUGUACCUGUUAGGUUUAAAGACGGAAAUCAAUCUGUUGAGAAGAGACACCAGGAGAGGUCAAAGGCUACCAGUGCUCAGUCUGAACAGCAGCAUCAAACAGAGCUGAUCAAGAGGGCUGAGGAGAACGCACACGCUUUCCUAGACAAGGAGCUGAAGAAGCUCUGGAGGGAUCUCUUCUCAGAUUACCCACAAUGCUCAGAGAGUCAGAGGGAGGAGGAGGAGGAGGAGGUUGAUGGUAAGAACGAGGAGCAGAGGAGGCGAGCCAUAGAGGGAGUGGUGGACAUCACAAAGCUCUGCCUGAUGGAGAUGAACCAGGAGGAACUGGCCGACACACUGUGGGGCGGAUCUGCUGCUGUUGAGUGCCAACAUAAAAUCAAGUCUCAUUUGAAGAAGAAGUUAAAGUGUGUGUCUGAGGGAAUCCCUAAAGCAGGAAAUCCAACGGGUCUGAAUGACUUCUACACAGAGCUCUUCAUCACAGAGAGAGGCAGUGGAGAGGUCAACAAAGAGCAUGAGGUCAGACUGAUUGAAACAGCUUCCAGGAAACCAGCCAAGGAAGAAACACCAAUCAAAUGUGAAGACAUCUUUAAACCCUUACCUGGACGAGAUCAACCAAUCAGAACAAUAAUGACAACUGGAGUGGCCGGCAUUGGUAAAACCAUCGUAACACAAAAGUUCACUCUGGACUGGGCUGAAGGCAAAGCCAACCACGACAUACACUUCACAUUUCUCUUAACUUUCAGAGAGCUGAAUUUACUGAAAGAGAGAGAGUUUAGCUUGGUGGAACUUCUUCAUCACUUCUAUAUUGUGACCAAAGAAGCAGGAAUCUGCAGAUAUGAACGGUUCAAAGUUCUCUUCAUCUUGGAUGGUCUGGAUGAGUGUCGACUUCCUCUGGACUUCCAGAACAACCCGAUCUGGACUGAUGUCAAAGAGCCGUCCUCGGUGGACGUGCUGCUGACAAACCUCAUUAGGGGCGACCUGCUUCCCUCCGCUCGCAUCUGGAUAACCACACGCCCUGCGGCAGCCAAUCGGAUCCCUGCUGAGUGUGUUGACAUGGUGACAGAGGUGAGGGGGUUCACCGACCCACAGAAGGAGGAGUACUUCAGGAAGAGAUUCAGAGAGCAGACGCUGGCCAACACAAUCAUCUCCCACGUCAAGAAAUCACAAAGCCUCCACAUCAUGUGUCACAUCCCAGUCUUCUGUUGGAUCACUGCUACAGUUCUGGAGGACAUCUUAAAAAAAUCCCAGAUAGAAGAGAUGCCCAAGACCGUGACUCAGAUGUACAGCUACUUCCUUUGGGUUCAGUCGAUACAGGGGGACAGGAAGUAUCAUGGGAGAGCUGAAACGGAUCCAUACUGGGGUCCAGAGAGCAGGAAGAUUAUUGUUUCUUUGGGAAAACUGGCUUUUAACCAGCUGGAGAAAGGCAACCUGAUCUUUUACGAGGCAGACCUGGCAGAGUGUCACAUCGAUAUCAAAGAAGCCUCAGUGUACUCAGGAGUGUUCACCAAGAUCUUUAAAGAGGAGUGCGGGAUUUACCAGGACAAGGUGUUCUGCUUUGUCCAUCUGAGCCUCCAGGAGUUUCUGGCUGCCCUUUAUGUCUUUCUGUCCUUCAUCAACGAUGGUGUCAAUCUGCUCUCAGAAGAACCACCCACCUCUGGGGAAGAUAAACUCCUCCUCCUCUACCAGAGCGCUGUGGACAAGGCCUUACAGAGUGAGAACGGACAACUGGACUUGUUCCUCCGCUUCCUCCUGGGCCUCUCUCUGGAGACCAAUCAGAUUGUCCUACGAGGUCUGCUGGGACGGACAGGAACUAGCUCACUGACCAAUACAAAAACAGUGUCUUACAUCAAGGAGAAGAUAGAUGUAGAUCUCUCUCCAGAGAGAAGCAUCAACCUGUUCCACUGUCUGAAUGAGCUGAACGACCGUUCUCUAGUGAAGGAGAUCGAACAGUCCCUGACAUCAGGAAGUCUCUCCAGAGAUCUCUCUCCUGCUCAACUGUCAGCUCUGGCCUUCAUCCUACUGACAUCGGAAGAGGAGCUGGACGUGUUUGACCUGAAGAAAUACUCUGCUUCAGAGGAGGGUCUUCUGAGGCUGCUGCCAGUGGUCAAAGCCUCUAAAACGUCUCUGCUGAAUGGCUGUGAUCUGUCAGAGGGAUGCUGUGAAGCUCUGGCCUCAGUUCUCAGCUCCAGCUCUAGUCUGAGAGAGCUGGAGCUGAGUACCAAUGAUCUGCAGGAUUCAGGAGUGAAGCUGCUCUCUGCUGGACUGGGGAGUCCACACUGUACACUGGAAACUCUCAGCCUCAAUGGCUGUGAUCUGUCAGAGAGAUGCUGUGAAGCUCUGGCCUCAGUUCUCAGCUCCAAGUCCUCUUGUCUGAAAAAGCUGGACCUGAGUACCAAUGAUCUGAAGGAUUCAGGAGUGAAGCUGCUCUCUGCUGGACUGGGGAGUCCACACUGUACACUGGAAACUCUCAGCUUGUCUGGCUGCCUGGUCACACAGGAAGGCUGUUCUUCUCUGGCCUCAGCUCUGAGCUCCAACCCCUCCCAUCUGAGAGAGCUGGACUUGAGCUACAAUCACCCAGGAGACUCAGGAGCUGCGCUGCUCUCUGCUGGACUGGAGGAUCCACGCUGGAGACUGGACACUCUCAGUGUGGAGCACGGUGGAGUGUUGAGGCUGAAACCAGCUCUAAAGAAGUAUGCCUGUGACCUCACACUGGACCCCAACACGGCCCACAGACGACUCUCUCUGUCUGAGGACAACAGGAAGGUGACGUGGGUUGGAGAGGACCAGUCGUAUCCGGAUCACCCAGACAGAUUUGACUGCUGGCCCCAGGUGUUGGGUAGAGAGGCUCUGACUGGCCGCUGUUACUGGGAGGUAGAGUGGAAAGGACAGGUUUGGAUAGGAGUGACAUACAGAGGAAUCACAAGGAGAGGAGGGGGUGGUGACAGCAGGCUUGGAGGGAACAACAAGUCCUGGGUUCUUUAUUGUUAUGAUGAUGGUUACUCUGCCCAGUACAACGGUACAAAGACAGACCCCCCUCUCCGCCCCGCUGGCUCCACCAGAGUAGGAGUGUAUCUGGACCGGCCUGCUGGCUCUCUGUCCUUCUACAGAGUGUCCCCAGGUGGAGGAGGGUCCUCAGACACACUGACACACCUCCACACCUACUGGUCCUCCUUCACCCAGGAGGACCUCCUCCCGGGGGUGGGGGUAUGGAGGGGGGGGUCAGCCUCUCUGUGUCGGUGGUAGAAAAAAAAAAGGGACCUCCUGACUGAGCAUGGCCCCUGAUACACACACACACACACACACACACACACACACACACACACACACACACACACACACACACACACACACACACACACACACACACACACACUGACUAACACCUGUGUGUCUAUAACUUACCUGUACCUUACGGCUCAGCGUCCUCCUCCCGGGGCUCUGGGGGGGGGGGGGCCUCAGCUGUGUGUGUGUGUGUGUGUGUGUGUGUGCGUGUGCGUGUGUGUGUGUGUGUGUUAGUCAGUGUGUGUGCGUGUGUGUGUGUGUGUGUGUUAGCGUGCGUGCGUGCGUUAUUCGAUUGCCUGGUAGCCAUGGUUACUAAUAUUCACACUGGUUUCAAUAAUACAUUUGAUGGUAUUUGCCAUCUUUGCUGAGCAGAGAGUUUUGUUCUAAAGUUCAGUGAUUGAAACAAAUAAAAGCCCGGGCUGUGGAAGUGUUCCGGUACCACUGUCAUGCACCGACCCGAUGUCAAGUGGACCGGGUUGAAUUCACUGCGGGUCUCUCUUCUUAUAUCCAUCUCACCAAAGAUAUUUUAUUACUGUCCUUCUUAACGCUCUCUGAUCUCACUAAAAGGCUGGCAGCACAACACAGCAAUAACGAUGACAUGCGCCGUGCGUAGAGAAGAAAGAAUACCGACGUUGAGUUUGCAACAUUUGGCAAAAAAUGAUUCUAAAUCUGCCCAUACAUGGACACGCCAGAAUUGUUGCAUCUGUGGCUGCUGGUAAUUUAAUCACAAAGAAGUAUACUCUACGGGGCUAUUUUCAUCAUUAUUAUUAUUAUUAAUAUUUUUUUAGACGGCACAGCGAUCCGGGGCUAUUCCCAAAGAUCCGGGGCUAUAGCCUCGAAUGCUGGAAUGCUGUAGCCUCGGAUGGGUUCUUCAAUCUGAUUGGUAGUCACACUGGAGAUUAGUUUUCCCCCCCUUUUCGGGGAUAAUGUUCCCCGUUUUGAUCUCGGACGUUUGGUUCACUUUUUUAUCCACACCUUGUGUCCUCAGCGUCUCUGUAAAUUAUAGUCUCUCUCGCUCUUGCUCUCGCUCUGAGUCUGAUGACACACGUGAACACAAACAUGCACAUGUGAACACACACACACGCGUAUAUUACCACGCACACACAUGCAAGCGCACACACGCAUAUAUGAAUUAACAUAAAGACAAACACAUAUAAACAUACUAUACUAUAUAGGAACCCAAACACGCAGCCACACAAACACGUGUAUGUGAACACAAACAAACGCGUAUAUAUGAACACACACACGUGCGUACAUAUUAUAAACACUCAAAUAUACACGCAGACACACACAUGCACACGCCGCACGUGCAUCUAUGAACACACUUACUCAAGUUAUGAACACACACACUUACUCACAUAUGAACACAGACACGCACAGACUACACACACAUGUAUAUAUAAACACACACACACACACACUGUGUUUUGAUGAUUUAUAUUCAUGUACUCAACUAUAAUCCAAAUGCUACAUUUUCUGGGGCUUCUUAAAGUUGAUCUUGAUUAACCAUGAAAGGAA